GUAACUCUGAGGAAACUGUACAACAAAUACAAAUUUGAAGUACACCCUUUGUUAACUUUUGUGACUCAUGUUUGCUAAGAUGAGCUGGAGUGAUGUCAGAGCUCCUAGUGACAGUAGAGGCCAGUGGACUGGCUGUCCCUCAGUCUCAGGUAGAGCUGCUACCCCAACACUCAGCACUCAGAGGGACUGUUACAGGAUUGGUAUGAGGAUAACCUGAAGGGUCACGGAGUAUUCGAUGUCAAAUUGUGUGAAGGAUUUCUGCCUGGAGGUCUCUAUGUGAGGCAGUGGGAGUCAUGACAGACUUCUGGCUGAUUUCUGUCCCACUGGACAAGACCAGUUUAACCAGUGUAGAGAAGCUCAAGCACACCGUUGCCAAAACCAACCUGGCCUCCUGCUACAAGUUCUCCAUUCCAGAUCUCAAGGUGGGGAUACUGGACAGUCUGCUCAGCGUGUCAGAUGAUCUCUCUGCACUUGACUCGCUGACUGAAAGUGUGAUCAAAAAGACAAACCAGUGUAUGAGGGAAGUGAUGGAGCAGUCCAGUGACAAAGUGCUGGAAAACGCCUUAGUCAAUGGAGACCACAGCAAGACUCAGAGAGCCGCCCUGUCACCCAUGAAAGCUUACCUCAAGUCUCUUAAGGUGGACCUGAUGACUUAUAUGACCAAGUUUCAGUGGGACAAAGCCAAAUAUCCCACUGCUCUGCCCCUCUCCAGCCUGGCAGACAUCAUCAGCAAGGAAGUUUCCCAGGUGGAGACAGAGUUGAAAACCCGUGCUGCCGCAUACAACAGUGUGAAAGCAAACCUGCAAUGCCUUGAGAACAAACUGCAUGGCAAGUUACAAACGUGCAGUCUAAAUGGCAUCGUGAGGAAAGAAGACCUGGUGGUGUCGGAGUACCUCACCACUCUACUGGUAGUGGUGAGAAGGGGGAGCUACGUGCAGUGGGAGAGGACCUAUGAAUCCUUGUCAGAGUUUGUGGUUCCACGGUCAAGCAGGAAGCUGUUCGAGGACAGAGAGGAAGGAGUCUUCUCCGUGACACUUUUCAAAAGAGCCGUGUGUGAAUUCAAAGCCAAAGCCCAAGACAGCAAGUUCAUCGUGCGCGAGUACAGCACUGACCUGGAGGAGAAGAAUCAGCAGGAAAUGAAGCAGCUUGGAAUUGACAAAAAGGAGCAAUAUGGGAUCUUUGUACGUUGGCUGAAGGUGAAUUUCAGUGAGAUGUUCAUCACCUGGAUUCACUUGAAAGCCUUGAGGGUGUUUGUGGAGUCAGUCCUCAGGUACGGGCUACCUUUAAAUUAUCAGCCGCUGCUACUGCAGAGUGACAAGAAGCGCUCCAAGAAGCUCAGAGAGGAGCUCACUUCACUGUUCAUGCAUCUGGACCCUACUGCCAGUAUGAAAGAUGUGAGCUGUGACAUUCCAGGACUCUGUCAGCAGGAGUUCUUCUCCUGCAUCUGCUUCCAGAUCAGCACCAGCAUGUUGGAGGUCAGCUAGCAGUGAGCAACGCGACUGACAAAGCAAAGAGGGCCCAGUCGCACCUCCUGUUCCACCUCCUGUCAGUCAGAGACAGAAACAUAAAGACACUCAUCAAUGAAACGAAACACAUCUAGCAGAAAAUAUAUACAAUUAAUUAUCCCAGUUUUCACUGUUACUCUUAAAUGAGAAAGAACUGACUAUUUUUGGAUGGUGGUGUAAAUAAUCCUGUCAGUGGACGGAUGUGGGUCCCCUUCGUCGUAAUGCCAGCUGCACCACUGUGGACUACAAAUAUGAUGUGCUGAACAUGGAAUUGCGAAAACAGUUUAAAUAUGUUUAAUUUCUGAACUAUAUUUUUGCUCAAAUCAUUUUCAUGUAGACAUCAGCGUACACCUUCAAACCACUAAGUGAACUCUUAAAGUCUGUGCCACUGUGUGGCUGCACCUUGAUUCAACAAAACAGGCCAACUUUGCAUACACCACAUCAGCACCGAUACAACAAAACAACAAUAACUACUUAAUGCUAUAAUUCCCAUUCCACAUUCCACAUUUCUACUGGGUAUAUUUCAUAACUAGCCCUACACUGUCGGUUUAUUUUUGACGUUUGUGGUGAGGUUGUCUAUUUCUGUUACUCCAGGUGUUGCCAAAUCAAUAAGCGACUGAUAUUUUAAGGAUUAGAAUUCUGAGGUGGGAGAAUGAAAGCAGUAUCAGGACCUUUAUAUUGUAAAGUCUAUAAAGUCUACUACGUGAAUGUAUUGUUGCUUAAGUCACAUACUGUUAUCUCUGUUUACAUGUCUUUGGGUUUACUAAACCAUAUAUGUGAUUAAAGAUGCACAAAGUC